AUGCUAGAGAAGAGAAAGGACAACAAAAGAGUGGAGAGAGAAGAGAGGACAUAUCCAAUUCAUGGGAAGGUUAGGGAUAAUGAGAGUGAAGCUGUGAGUGAAAGCCGGGUUGCAAGAAAGGACUUGGGCUUGGACCUUGGAGGUUUAGGGGUUGGGUUGGGUGUUGGAGUGGGUAUUGGGCUGGGUGGUGAUGGGUCAGGCUCUGGUGCCGGAGCAGGUUCGGGUUCCGGAUCUGGGUCUAGGUCAAGUUCUAGCUCAUCCUCUUCUUCAUCGAGCUCUAGUUCUGGGUCGGGUGGCGGUUCCGGUGCAGGGUCACAAGCUGGUUCCUACGCUGGUUCUAGGGCCGGGUCAGGAAACGGGCAUGGUAAAUAA